GUUCCUGAAGCGUCUCUCCCCCCGCUGUACACUUGGCUUACGCUGGAGAGCGAAAUAACUGCGCUGCUCGAAACUCCUCCGGGUAUUUUCGUGUGGGAAGCGUGCGGCGGCAGAAGUUGUCCCACAAGUAGCCUAACUAACUGCCUUCACCAUGGAUCAAUCCGUCGCAAUUCAAGAAACUUUGGAAAGGGGAGAAAACUGCAUCAUAGCUGUCCAAUGUGAUGUCCUCUUUGAUAACAUUGUAGAGAGCAGACUGCUGGGAUUGGUGGAGUCUGCAAAAGAACACGCAAUCUUUACUUAUACCCAUCGAAGGAUGGCCAUUACUGCUGAUGACGUGUCACUGGAGGACAUCAUACCCAUCUCCCUUGACUUUGCUGUCGUGGAGGUUUCCUCACCAGAGGAACUUGCGGUUGUGGGUGGUGAUACCAGAGUGAGGUUAAGCUACCAAGAAGAGGAGUUAGAGCUCAGACUUCCUUUUGGGUCCCACUCGCGGCUCUUCCUCAGCGAGGUCAACAGGGCAUGGAGUGAUGUUUGCAAGUCUCCUGACCAGGUACCCCAGUUCGAGUGGAUCAGCAAGUAUCACAAAGCCACCAGAGGUCAGGGAGUUGUCAAACAAGCCCUUGCACCCCUCGGCACGACACUCACUAAACUCAAGCAGCACAGCAAAACAGAGAGAUCAUCAGACAAAAAGGGAACUUUGGAAUGGGAGAAAGUAUCUAACAGUGGCACACAGAAGUCCAGAGUGUAUUCCAGCUCAGAGAGUCAGGGCAUCUUCAGUCGAGAGGACCGGGAUGACCUGGUGCGCUCCUCCAGCCACACCCCAGCUAACAAAGCCCAGAUACUGGCCAUGCCACAGUUCGGCCUGCGCGACAACCUUAUCAAGUGUGAGCUGCUAAAGAAUGACAAUCUUUACACUUACCUGGAGGACUUCAGCUUUUUUCUUGGCACAUACAAUGUGAAUGGGCAAACCCCAAAGGAAAGCCUCCAUCCUUGGCUGAGCUGCACUCUCAACCCUCCUGACAUCUACUGCGUGGGUUUUCAGGAGCUUGAUCUCAGCAAAGAGGCUUUUUUCUUCAAUGACACCCCCAAAGAGCUGGAGUGGACGAAGGCUGUAUCCGAGGCCUUGCAUCCAGAUGCGAAGUAUGCCUUAGUGAAGUUGGUUCGUCUGGUGGGCAUCAUGCUGAUCUUCUAUGUGAAGAAGGAGCAUGCAGAGUUCAUCUCUGAUGUGGAGGCUGAGACUGUGGGCACUGGCAUCAUGGGAAGGAUGGGAAACAAGGGUGCUGUGGCAAUCCGGUUUCGCUUCCACAACUCUGAUAUCUGCGUGGUCAACUCUCACCUAGCUGCCCACAUUGAAGAAUAUGAGAGACGUAAUCAAGACUACAAGGACAUUUGCAGUCGUCUCCAGUUUCGCCAACUUGACUCUACCCAGCCUCCACUCACUAUCAUGAAGCACGAUGUAAUUUUAUGGAUUGGGGACCUAAACUACAGGAUCACUGACCUUGAAGUUGACAAUGUGAAGGAGCUAAUCAGCAAGAAGGACUUUGAAACGCUGCACAAUUAUGAUCAGCUCAAGAGGCAGAUCGAUGAGGAGGCUGUGUUUGUUGGCUUUGUGGAGGGAGAGAUUGAUUUCCAGCCCACAUACAAAUAUGACACUGGCUCUGACAAGUGGGAUACAAGUGAAAAAUGCCGUGUGCCUGCGUGGUGUGACCGUAUCCUAUGGAGAGGGAAGAACAUCAAGCAGCAGCAUUAUCAGAGUCACAUGGCUCUGAAGACCAGUGACCACAAACCAGUCAGUUCCCUGCUUGUCACUGGGAUCAAGAGAGUAAAUACUGAGGCCUAUAAGAAGACCUUUGAAGAGAUAGUACGCAACAUAGACAAAAUGGAGAAUGAGUGUAUUCCAUCUGUAACCUUGGCCAAGAGAGAGUUCCACUUUCAGGAUGUGAAAUUCAUGCAGCACCAGGCGGAGACAUUGAGCAUCAUCAAUGACGGGCAGGUCCCGUGUCAGUUUGAGUUUAUCCAGAAGCCGAAUGAGCCCACGUACUGCAAGCCCUGGCUCACAGCCAACCCCCCCAAAGGCUUUAUCGCUCAGGGUGCUUCUGUGGACAUUGAUCUUGAGGUUUUUGUAAACCGCUCAACGGCGCCUGAACUUAACUCGGGCAAGGAGCAGAUUGAAGACAUCCUGGUGCUCCACCUGGAGCGUGGCAAGGACUACUUCAUUUCUGUGACAGGAAACUACCUCCCCAGCUGCUACGGCACCUCCAUCCAUUCAUUGUGUCAGCUGAGGGAGCCCAUUAGGGACAUGCCCCAAGGGACCCUACGUGAAUUGGUUAGUGAUCCCAUGUGCAGAUCGGGGACAGUGUCCUUGAAAUACCUCUUCUCCAGUCAGGGUUGUCUCACAGGCCACAGCAUGGCGGAGAAGUCUGGAGAUGAGAAUGCAGCAAAGAGUGAAAAGCCCCUAGACAUUCCUAAAGAACUGUGGAUGAUGGUGGAUCACUUGUUCCGCAAUGCAAUCAAACAGGAAGACAUAUUUCAGCAACCUGGGCUUCGGAGUGAAUUUGCAGAAAUAAGGGAUUGCCUUGACACUGGCAUGCCGGAUUCUCUUCCUGGUAGUAACCACUCAGUAGCAGAAGCCUUACUUCUGUUUCUAGAUGCCCUCCCAGAGCCUGUGGUUCCCUUCUCCUUUUACCAGCAGUGCCUAGAAAGCUGCUCCAACGCCAGUCAGUGUGAGAAAGUUAUUUCCAUGCUACCUCAGUGCCAUCAAAAUGUGUUCAACUAUUUAGCUGCUUUUCUCCGAGAGCUGUUGAAGAAUUCUGCUAGCAAUCGAUUAGAUGUCAACAUUUUGGCAACUAUUUUUGCCUCCUUGCUCCUGAAGUCACCCAUGAAGCAGGAUCUUGCAGAAAAGAGGAAGACUCAAGAGUUUUUUCAUCACUUCCUGACCCAAGGGUCCUCCUAGAUGGAGGACUUGUCCCUCUUGUCCUUCAUGCUGAAGCUGAACACUAAACACUGUACAGUCCAGUAUUUGUAAUAAACUGUAAUUAUUUCUUAUAUUCUUAGAUGGCUCUUUGUAUAGAUAUAGUAUAAUUACUGAAAAUGACAUCUCUUAUCUGAUUUUUGAUCUGUUGAUGCACAGAGUUUAUUGUAUAUCAUUGAGCCUCUGUAGAGACCUAACACUUUUUAAUGUAUAUUUUAUUUAAAAAUGAUUUGUAUUUUAAUGUCUCUGAUCUCAACAGUAUAUUGUUUUUAUAUAUAAAGG